UUGGUGAGUGUGUGUGUAUUAUUUGUGUCAGGCUUAAGCCUCCAAACAUUAUCUAUAAAACUGGAAAUCCUGCACCAGUUCUUGUCUAUGUAUUGCCUCUGUGAUAGAUUAAAUCUCGUUUAGUAAUUGCUUGAAAUCCCAACUUGUGAUAGAGAAGAUGAGAGAUUCGAAUCAAGCUCAAGCACUGACAUCACAUAUCCAUAUUUUGGAGAGAACAAGGGAGGAGUUGAGGUCUCGCCUAGAGUACAUUGAUACGACCCUUGAGAAAUGCAGAUUAUGGUUAGAAGAAUCAGAUGAUGGACAGACCGGUUUUACGGAGCUUGUAUCAAACUGUAGUGAAAUAGCAGGUGAUUCUGUUUCUAAAUCAAGAAACGACUCAGUUGAUGAAGGUGUUCUGUCAGAUAAAGAAAGUGAAACUAGCCUGUCUGAGUUAAAGACUCAAUUGGAAGCUUAUCAGCAAGAUCAAAAAGUUGAGCAGAUGAACAGUGUUCUGAACUGCAAGUGUUAUAAACUUAAAGAUAACGGUGAACAAGAGGCUCUUCUUUUAGACAAACACAAGAGUGAGACGCAUAAAGAGCUUCCAAAAUGUACUAAGAAUCCAGAACAUGAAGAAUUUCUAUCGCUACCAUCUUUAAAAUUAGACCAUUUACCUAUUGAAUACCGUGACAAGAACAUGUUGGACUUUGUCAAAGUUAUGGGCGACCUAACUGUUCAAGUCAUUCUUAACAUUGAGUCUUUUCAGGCAAAGGGCGAACAGAAGUUGAAGUACGGCACUGGGGUGGUUACAAGUGUGCUUAAACAGUUCUCCACUUGCCAAUGUAAAAAAUGUAAAAUGUCAAAGACUCCGAGUGACGGCUUUUGGGAGAUUGACGUAUGCACUAUUGCACAAUUGGUGUCAGAUGAUUGUGAGGCCAGCAGCACAUCAUUGAGACUAUUCUUUGACAAACAAGAUAGUCCGUUGAUCACCCUUGAUGAGCUUCACCUCGUUAAAGUGGAUGUCGACAGGGACUGUUGUACGCUGGCGUGUGUGACUUGUGACAAAGAUCUGGGUAGUGAGUUACACAGCAAGAGAACUACAUUUGACAGUCUUUGGAGAACUGUCAGCGAAAAGCACUUGAGUUCUGCUACUUCUACUAAGUUUAUGUUUAUAGUGUCACACCCUCAUGGAUGUUUUAAACAGGUCAGCUUUGGUCAGUGGGUGGUCAAUCCUAACGUUGAGGAUAAUCCUGAUUUCCAAAAGUUUGCCUACACAGCGAGCACCUGCCCAGGAAGCCUAGGAGCUCCAGUCUGUUGUGUUGGUUAUACUUACUGGCAUUCCCAUAGCAGAACCAUCAAAAUAGGGUCAUGCUUUAUUGGAGUUAGCAAUAUUGCUUAACUAAUAAGAGCUUAAAAAAGAAUACGCUAUUAAUUUUUCAUAACACGUCAGGCUUUAAUUAUUACUUAUGACGUCUUAAACAAUAGUUUUUGUGUGACGUCAUAUUUUAAACUAUUUUUUAUUUGACGUCAUGUUUUAGAUUGAUUUCAUUUUAAAAAUAUUCUAUAGAACAUUUGCUUAAUAAUAAUAAUAAUAAUAAUAAUAGUAAUAAUAAUAAUAAUAAUCUGUAUUGUCCUUAAGGAAAUUUGUCUUACAAUUUGUGCAUUACACUAAACAAAACAUUAUAACUAUAAAAAAAACACUUUUUUUCUUGUUCAUUGUGUAAUUAUAAAUAUAUUAUUUAUUUUUUUUUUUGUAAAAAAUGUAAAAAUAUUAUGUCUGUAAGUUUGUAUGUAUGUGUGUGUGUGUAAGCUACUGUGUAUCUGUGUAAACGUUAGUGUGGAGGCCAGUUUUCUUUUCUGUGAAUCUUCAAACUUCAAAUGUGGUUUGUGCUCUCAUUUUCCUUUGUAAUUGUAAAGGACACUUUUUAGCUCAGCUCUGAUCUUAUUUCUGUGAUAAAUUGUGCUUGCUUGUAUUUCUCAUUGUAAUCAUUACUCUUAAUCUAGUCACAUCUGCUGUGUAUUGCCAUUGUAAAAACUGUGUUAAGCUUUGCAUUAAAUAUCUAGCUAUUCUG